AUAAAGAUGGUUCAAUAACAGCAUAUGAUUCUUCAGAUUUUUCAUCUUUAUGUAAAUAUUCUUUGAUUAUUUUAGAUAUUAUAAAUGCUCAUAUAAAUAGUGUUAGUAAGAUAAGAAAUUUUGAAAAUGAAAAUUUGCUAAUUACAGCUGGCGAAGAUAGAUAUAUUAGGGUAUAAUAUUUAUAUAUAUAUAGGCCUGGAGAUUACCUCCUGUUUUGAUAAACGAAG